GAAAAUGGUGGAAAGGAGAGUCAGACGGCUUCAGUAGACAGAGAGAUACCAACAGUUUUAUCUCUGCGUCCAAACUCACUUUGUGUGGACCUUUAAGUGGCAAAAGAAAAGCACCAGUGAUGGCUGAUGCAAAACAGAUGAAGAAAACAGCAGCCAAGGUGCUGUUGUGUGUGGAGAAGGUGUCCUCCUUUGCCUCCUCCAUUGACCCCAUCUUUGGCGUUGUCUCCUCCCUGGUCGGAGUGGCUCGUAAGGGCCUGACGGAUGAGAAAGUCCACGCUCUAGACAAGGACUUCCAGGAAAUCCACACCAAACUAGAGAGCAUCUCCCAGAAGAACCAACAAUGCCUGAGGCAGAUCCACAUCAGUGAGGUGAAUGAAACCUUUGGCAAGUAUGAGGAGUACAUCAAGCACCAGUACGCUGCUUUCAAUGAAAUGGUGAGGAAGAUGAAAAAGGAUCCGGACCAAACCGAGCACUACAUGAAGACCUUUGAGACCAUAUAUGAGAGGGACAAGAGUGAAAUGAGCCUGGAUGUUUACUAUCGCGGUGUGCUUGGUACGGGCUCGUUGUUUGGAAGACCCCUGCUGAAGGUCUACCUGGAAAACUGCGAUGGCGACCGUGAAAUCAUGGAGCACCACUGUUCACACAUCGCCCACCUGUUCCACAUGGGCCUCAUCGCACUCAUGGGCUAUACAGCUGUUACAGAGGACGAUGAAGAUGAGGUCCGAGAGAAGUGGGAUAAGAGGGUGAAGGAGAUCCAGGAAAAGAUGCAGGAAGUGCUCAGUCAGUGCAAAGACAGAACAACCUGAACAUGGACCAACAGAGAGAGGACAUCCUCUGAGUUUGAAGGCAACAACACAGGGAACACUAUCUGUACUCUCAGCUGUGGACCAAUUAAAAAGACAAAUUACAUCAUAAUAUCAAUAUAUAUAUAUACUGUAUGUAUGAAGCCAAAGCCAUGUUUGCAUAUGUGCACUUGAGCUGCACCUGAUAUUUGGAUUGCAGCGUUUAGUUAUUGUAUCAUCAUGUUAUUUUUUGUUUCAAAGAGACCACUGUAUGUUUCAGCUGCUUUGUGUUACAUACCAAUAAAUGCUGAUGUUUUAUACAAUCUCUUCAAUUAAAAUAUAUAGAUUGUUAGUUGA